AUGGGUUUUCUUUUCUCUUCCUCCCGUUGCCCUCCUUCCGGGUUCCCGCACGUACCGCAGGGCCAGAGAGAGAGCGAGUUUCGAGACCUGUGGCUUCCGCGAAGCCAGCGAAUUCUGGAUACCAUAGUGGCGACGGGUUCGUCAAUCGUGUGCCUGCAGGAGUGCUGGCUGUCGCACCCCGAGUGGGUUCGCCUCUUCGACUCAUCUCUCGGUGCUGCCGGUUACCGCACGCUCAAACUGCCCAGAACUAACAACCGGGGCGAUGGUCUCAUGAUCGCCGUGAAGCACGACCAGUGGCACGUGGUGGACUAUCAGCAGCUGCUGUUCCACGACUGUGGGGACCGCGUUGCUCAGAUCUUACGGCUGAGAUCGAAAGGGCGCCUGGGGGGGAGGGCGGGGCGGGAAGGGAGUAAGGGAGCGGAGGGAGAGGAGGAGGAUGUGUUGGUGGUGAACACCCAUCUGCUGUUCCCGCAUGACGCCAACUCCAAUAUCAUCCGCCUCUGCCAGGUGUACAAGCUGCUAGAGCGGGUGGAGCAGUGCCGGACAGAACAAGCUAGCAGACCCGCCCCUGUCAUCCUGUGCGGAGAUCUGAACGGCACCAAGGAGGGCAACGUGUACAAGCUGCUGCGCUCGCAGGGCUUCCUCUCCUCCUAUGACGCAGCGCACCACCUCAAUGACGUGGAUGAAACGUGGGUGAGCCAUCGAAGCCACAGGGGCGACGUGUGCGGGGUGGACUAUGUGUGGAUGCUCAACGCGCGCACGCCCAUGACAAGCCCUGUGCUCAACUGGCGCAAGGCCGUGUUUGGAUUGAUCAAGUCGAAGCUGCUAGCAGCAGGCAUCACAGACGCACGGCACGCGUUCCAGUUCUUUGCCACAGCAGGCGACACCUCCCCGUAUGAACACACCGUGUGUUUCACCACCGAUCCAAACGCCACCGACGCUGCUGACGUCAGCAUGGAUUUCGGGCAGCAGCAGAAUGAUGACCCAGCGACCAAGGAGGAGGAGGUGGAGGAGGGGGAGGAGGAGGAGGAGGAGGAGGCGUGGAGGUUUUACGACAGUGAUGAGGAGGGGAUGGAGAGGCAGGAGUGCUGUAUCACUGCCUUUACCAUUGAGGACUUUCAACUGGCUGUGGCUCAGCUCGGCCUCACGGGGGACAACUCCAUUGGGCUAACAGAGGUGGAGGUGGCGGAGCUGAUGCAAGAUGCAGCUAAGGAGAUGGCUGGGGCUGCAGGUGCACGGGAGCUGCCUGGUGUUCAGGCAGGUGACACACAAGAAGUGGCUGAGGGUGUGGAGGAGUGCGAGAUAGAAGGGAGUAAUGGAGGGCUGAGUCUCGCAGUGCUGAAGGCAUCGCUGUUCCCGCCUGAGAUGGAGGAGGGGAGGUGGCCGGAGGAUUAUACGCUGUCGGAUCAUGCGGUGCUGACUGUGAUGUUUGGGAGGGAGAAAGUGGAUGAAGUGAGCAAACCCUCACACACGAGCAUGGCGGGCGCUGGCGGAAGCGGAGCGGGGGGGCGCGGAGGUUCCGCGCGCGGGGGGGGCGCGAUGGCGCAGGAGCUGCUGCUGUACUUGUGCAGCGCGGGGAUCAGCGCGCUCGUGCUGAUCUUCACGAUCCGCCAGCUGGACCCCAACCGUGCGCAGUCCAAGCUCGCCAAGCAGCGGAAAAGGGAGAUCGCCAAGAGACUGGGUCGGCCGUACAUCGAGACCAACGCGUAUGAGGACGUGAUAGCAAACGACGUGAUCAACCCACAGGACAUCCACGUCACCUUUGACUCCAUAGGCGGCUUGCAGCACGUCAAAGAGUCCCUUCACGACCUGGUUAUCCUCCCGCUUCAGCGCCCGGAGCUCUUUGCCCAAGGCCGAUUGCUGCGACCACAGAAGGGUGUGUUGCUGUUCGGCCCACCAGGCACGGGCAAGACGCUGCUGGCGAAGGCGAUUGCCAAGGAGUGCAGAGCGGUGUUCAUCAACGUUAGAAUCGCCAACCUCAUGAGCAAAUGGUUUGGGGAGGCUCAGAAGCUAGUCACAGCGGUGUUCACUUUAGCCCACAAGCUGCAGCCAGCCAUCAUCUUCAUCGACGAGGUGGAGUCCUUCCUGGGGCAGAGGAGGAACACGGAGCACGAGGCGGUUACCAGCAUGAAGACCGAGUUCAUGUCGCUGUGGGAUGGCUUCAGCACUGAUGAUACUGCGCGGGUGAUGGUGCUAGCAGCCACCAACCGCCCCUGGGAGCUGGACGAGGCCAUUCUCAGGCGCCUUCCCAGGCACUUUGAAAUCCCCCUGCCCGAUCUAGCUGGGCGCACGAGCAUUUUGGAAGUCAUCCUGCGGGACGAGGACGUCGAUGAUGACCUGGAUCUUCAAGAGAUUGCCUCUCUGUGCCCGGGCUACAGUGGGUCGGACCUCACAGAGCUGUGCAAGCAGGCGGCAUACCUGCCUUUACACGACUUCUUGGAGGAUGAGAGGAGAGCACUGCGGGGGGAAGGGAAGGAGCCCACCUCCCAGCGCCCCCUCUCCCGGGCAGACUUCCUCCGCGUGCUCAGCGAGUCCCGACCAUCCCGAGAUGCUGCCUUCGACUAUCUGCGCAAGCGCAGUAACAGCAGCGCCAGCCUGCCGCACCUGGGAGAGGACCCUAUGGCUGCCUCUGGCAACUUCCCUGCGUACCCGUACCAAAACGGGGGGGCGCACACGCCGCCGUCCAAUCUGUUCGGUGCUCCCACCCCUCCUAUGGCUGCUGCUGGUGCUCCACAAGCGGGGCAGCAGGCGGAUUUGCUUCGGCUGCUGUUCCAGGCGGCAGUGGCGUCGGCGCUGCAGCCACAAGUGAUGCAACCACAAGUGUUACAGCCGCAGGCCAUGCAGCAGGGCGUGCAGCAGCAAGGGGUGCCCCAGCAGGCCUUGCAACCACGUGAAGGGGAGUUGGGCUCCGGAAACAGUGCUCCUGCUGGUGCUCCUGCCAGUGCUGGUGGUGCUGCUGGUGCUGCUGCUGGUGCUGCUGGUGCUGCUGGUGGUGCUGGUGCUGCUCCUGCUGAUGAUGCUAUUGGUGCUGGCGGUGGCGGAACGGGCAACAGUGAUGCUUCGGGUGAUGAUAGUGAGAAGAGUUCUCGCUCGUCGCGCGGCGGCGACGUGGACGACGACGACACGGCGAGCACCGCGUCGUCGUCGAGCGACCUUCCCGCCGUGUAUUCUGGCGCGCGCGACGACGUGUACUGCGCGGCGACGGCCACGGAAGCGCUUCUAGACGCGCUGCAGGAGAAGCGAUCCACAACGCGCGAGGCGGCACUCAAGGGGCUAGCGACCACUCUAGCGUCGCAAGUGCACGGGGAGCUAGUGCAGGACAAGUUCGACACUCUCACGCAGGGCUUCCUCUCGUGCCUCAGGAAGGGCAAGGCCCCGGAACAAGUUCUCGCUGCCCGAUGCCUUGGUCUGCUGGCGCUCACAUUAGGGGCGUCUGACUCGUGUGAAGAGCUGCUCUCCUCGUCGCUGCCGCAUCUGAGCAAGCUGGCUCGCGCUGCUGGCUGCGCCGCCACCCGCGUUGCUUGUCUAGACGCCAUGGCCAUCAUCACCUUCGUGGGGGCCAUGGACGCACACGCCACGGAGGAGAGCAUGGGCCUGCUGUGGCUCGUCGCCAACCCACAGGGCACCAGCAAGGCAGUGGUGCCGGCGGCAGUGAGGGGAUCAGCCAUCAGCAACUGGACACUGCUGCUCUCCACGCUGCCCACCUCGCAGCUCUCGCAGUUCCACACCCGCAGGUGCGUUGCGUGA